ACAAGGCAUUCUGGGUUGCGAAGAGCCUCGCUUGCUACUGUCAUGGCGGCGCAGGUAGAUGAUAGCGUUAGCAUCCAUUAAUUUCUUGGAUUCUGUAACCUUUAACAGGAAAAGGAUAAUAAAUUCAGACAAUUGGGUACAUUUCUGGUUCCAAACAGGUUACUCAGGUGGACCUAAUGUACAUUUUAUGAAAGAAGGUUUGAGAUCCUCCAACAUUAGCUAGCUAAAGCUGGCCACGACGAGACUGAGACGUACCCGCACACAUUUUCCAGAGAGGCUAACUCGAACGAUUUACAUCAGAGUGCCACUAGAAUUGUUGACGUCACAUUUCAAGCAACAAGAGCUGUUUCAGGGUGUACAAUCGGCCAGCUUUUGGCACCGAAGCAAUGGAGUGUGCAGUAGACACCCAACCAGGAGAGGAGGAUCUACAGGAGAGGGACCAUUCCACAGGAGAGAAAGCUGCCAAUGAGGGCAGUGAGACACCCCACAAGAAGAACAAGAAGCACAAAAAACACAAGAGUAAGAAGAAGAAGAAGAAGCGAAAGGGAGAACGAGAGAGCAGCUCUGAGUCUGCCCCCGAGUCCGAACCAGAGCCUCCACGGGCCAUGAAAACAAGAGCCAGUGCGAGGAUUGCCCGACCAGCCAUCUCUGCUUCAGGGGAGCCAGUUGAUGCUAAGGAGGAAGGAACAAGGGACUUGAUCACAGAUCCACAGGAAGUAGAGGGAGAUGGAAAAACCAAAAAGCAUAAAAAACAUGCAGCCAAGAAGAGGAAAAAGAAGAAGAAGAAGGAAGAGAAGCAAGAGAGGAAGUCCCACUCUCCAUCAGAUAGCACCUCCGCUUCGGGGUCCGAGUCCGAGGGAGAAGGGAAGCCAGCAGUGUCUGAAGACAAAGCUCCCCCUGGAGCCAAGCUCUCCCCCAUUCUGAUCAAGACCAGGCCAGAGGACAGGCUUCCCUCUGCGAACCUGACCCGGGGCCACACAGAAGAGGCUCCAGCUGUGAAGGGUGAGCCUUCGGAUGAGGAGCCACUAGAGGCCGGAGGGAAGGGGUCAGUAGAGGACUUGCCACCUUCUACAGAUCAGGACAACCACCAAGCUGCCAAGGGAGAAGAGCAGCCAGGAAACGGCAGCUUCACCCACGCUCAGGAGCUGCCUGAUAUCAUCCCCAAGCUGGAAGGCUCACAGAGAGAUGAAGCCAACCUGAAGGAGGCUAGUGCAAGCCAAAGGGCAAAGGUCAAGGAAUGCAACCCUUCCAGAUCACCGUCACGCUCCCCCAUGCGCCCCGGGGCUGAUAUAAAAAGGUCUAGGUCCAGUGUCAGUGACUCACCAAGCCCCAAGCGAUCCUCUGAUCACCCUGCGUCUGACCGGGCCCGGUCCCCUUCCAGUCCCAGGAGGAGUCCUAAGACCAAACGGUCCUCGUCUCCCAAGACAGGGCGUCGGUCUCCAUCCCCCAAAAGGAAGCAGUCCAGAUCCCCCAAGAGGUCCAGACGUAAAUCUCAGACUCUCUCCCCGAAGAGGGGCCGAAGCUCGCUCUCCCCCUCUCCCAGGAGGAGGCCUUCCAGAUCACCCAGACGAGGUCGUAGGUCACCGUCUCCGUCUCCAAGGAGAUCUCGACGCUCUACCUCCAGGCCUCGCGCCGGCCGUGCCCGAAGGUCCAGAACCAGGUCCCCCCGACGGGUCGGCAGGCGCUCUCGAUCCCGCUCACCAGCACGGCUCCGCCGUUCGACCUCCAGAUCCAGGAGGUCUCGGCGCUCCAGGUCUCGGUCAGUGAAACGAGGACGCCGUUCCCCAACCCCAUCACCCCCUCGCAGAAAAAGAUCCCCGCCCAUCAGAACCCGAAGGUCUCGGUCUCGGUCAGUCCGGAGGAGCAGGAGAACCCGCUCACGCUCGGUCGUCAUCCUGAGGAAGGGCCGGCGCUCUAGGACCCGGAGUCCCAAGAAACGAACCAAGUCCAGGUCCCCAGUUCGAAAACGGCGUUCCCCGUCUCCCAGGCGGAUCCGGGGCAAGUCCAGGUCACCGAGGACGAGAAAGAGAUCCAAGUCCCGAUCCACAUCAGCACCACGUUAUAGGUCCAAAUCUCAAUCACCUGCAGCUGGUGGCAGACAGUCCAAAUCACCUGUGAGGAGCAGGCGAUCAAAGUCCAAGUCCCUCAGCCGAGACAAAUCCAAAUCCAGAUCUGUGUCCAGCGACAGGCAAUCAGAAAGUGUGUCUCCAGCUCACUCUCGAUCUAGGACUCCAGCCAAGGACCACGAGUCCCCCGCACAGCCUGAGAGAGCUGCCACAGAAGAACAAGUGGUCAAGAAGAGCCUCGUAGGGGCAGCAGAUCAGGUGCAAAUGGUUGCAGCAGAUCAGGAGCCAGUGGUUGCAGCAGAUCAGGAGCCAGUGGUUGCAGCAGAUCAGGAGCCAGUGGUUGCAGCAGAUCAGGAGCCAGUGGUUGCAGCAGAUCAGGAGCCAGUGGUUGCAGCAGAUCAGGAGCCAGUGGUUGCAGAAGAUCAGGAGCCAGUGGCUGCAGCCGGACCAUGGAAGCCCUUGCCUCUGGCCCCUGCCCCUGAUUCAGCAGCCAAGUCUUCCUCCGAGACUGAGCUCACUGGCCAGAACAACAACCAUAGCGCCUCAGCUGACACGGCCUCAGAUAAAGGGCCGGCACAGCCGGCAGGGGUGAGCAGCCCAGCCAGCUCGUCUGAGGAGAGAGAUGAUGCUGCUGCUGCUGUCUCCAGGUCUGGUUCUCCUGAACCAGGUGUGGAGCAGUCAGACAGCUCUGACCAGGAGACCAAGUCUUCUGGCAAGAAGACAGCCACGGCGUCAUCGAAACGUCAGACCUCCACUUCAGCGUCUCCCGCUAGGAAGAAGCUGUCCGUGUCCCGCUCACCUGCCCGCAGGAAGUUGUCACGCUCCACUUCAUCUCCCAGGCGCUCCCCGUCUAAAUCUGGAAAAGAGGAAUCUAAAAGAAGAAAUAAGUCCAGGUCCAAGUCCCCCGUGAGAAAGAGAAAUUCCAGGUCUCCUGUGGAAAGAAAGAAGAGGCGCUCCAAGUCCAGGAGUCCAGCCCGGCGUCGCAGGUCUCGCUCGAGGUCAGCCGCACGCCGCAGGAAAUCUCGCUCCAAGUCCAGACCCAGGACCAAGCGGUCCAGGUCCCGCACCCCACCUCGCAAAAGGAGGUCCAGGUCUCGUUCCCCAGGCCGCAGGAAGAGGUCCCGGUCCACAGACCGAAACAAGCGCUCAAAGUCCCGCUCUCCCGACCGCAGGCGGCGGUCUAGGUCUCGGGGGCGCCGCAGGCCCGUGUUCCGGAGCCGCUCGUUCGACCGGCGGGACCGCUGGAAACGAGAGCCCAGCCACUCCCCCAUCCUCAUCCUCCGCAAGCAGCGCCGCUCCACUUCUCGCGCGCGCCGCAGCGCCAGCAAGACCCCCCCGCGCCUCACAGAGCUCGACAAGGACCAGCUCCUGGAGAUAGCCAAGGCCAAUGCAGCCGCCAUGUGUGCCAAGGCAGGGGUGCCCAUCCCAGAGAGCCUGAGACCCAAAGCCAUCCUCCAACUGCCCCUUCCCACUCCAUCUCCUACCCCCUUGUCGCUGCCCCUACCCUUGCCUCUCAACUUGCCCAUGGGCAUGCCCAACAUGUCCAUGGGAAUGCCUGGCAUGCCCAACAUGCCCAACAUGUCUAACAUGACCAUGAGUGCUGCCAUGGCCAGCAUGACGGCUGCCACUAUGACCGCGGCCCUCACCAACAUGGGCGCGUUGGCUUCCAUGCCCUCCAUGCCCCCUCUGCCCACCAUAACCAACAAGCCCCCUCCCUGCCUGGCACCGCCCACCCCCACUCUCAACCUGGGCCACAUAGAGGAGGUGAAGAGGAAGGUCACACAGCAGGCCAACAUCCACACCAUCAAGGAACUCACCGAGAAGUGUAAGAUGAUCGCGGAGAGCAAGGAGGAGAUGGCCAUAGCGAAGCCACAUGUGUCAGAUGACGAGUCAUAGUGAAGUCACCACCAAGAUUCUCUCAAAGAAGCACUCUCCCUGUUUGAUCGGAAAUGUAGAAAGGACUGGGCCCCUGAGCUGGCUGUUGUGGCUACAAGCACCAAAGCCAGCAAACUGCCCCUGUGUGUGUGCGUGCGUGUGUGUGCGAGCGUGUGUGUGUACGCGCAUGUUAGUGUGUGUUGUUAAAGAGACGGCUCCUCCUGGACAGUAAUCACCUCCACCACCACCACCAUUCUAACCCCACCAGUACUGUGUAUGUUGACCUUGUGUUACCUACCAAUGAGGAGCCUAGAGUGGAGCUGUGUGUGUGUGUGUGUGCGUGCGUGUGUGUGUGUGAGAGAGAGAGAGUGUGUUGGCCAGUCCACUCAUUCAGAUUUUACAGUAUUGCUACUCACACAGACAAUACUGGGAGAAAAUGACGGAAGAGAAAUUAAAAGAAGAAUCGAAUGCUUUUCAAAGUUUUGUUUUGAUGUUUUUUCUUUCUGCUAUUUUACUUUUUAUUCUAGUUAUUUUGAAUUGUGUUAAUUGAUGAAUAUUUCAUGUCUCCUUUUGUGAUAUUUUACCCUGUGGUAGAGUGCUAGUGUUAGACUAUUCCUGGUUACCUGAGGGCAGGUAGAUUUACUGGUAACCUGUUUGCUGCCAGGACACCAGCUCAUCAACACUUUAACAAUUAAUUUAGAAGGUUCUGUCACUUCUAGGGAUCCUAAAUGGUGUUUUCCUGUUUAAAAAAGGAUGUGAUUUUGGACAGUUUUAAUGAAGAUGCAUUUUAGGGUUUCUUUGGUCAAUAGGUAAUACUUUGCUUGCUUUGUACAUAAUGUGUUGAUGAUUAUUAAAGGAAACCACAAAAUUA